AUGGUCUCCUCUCCGGAUUGGGUGAAGAAGCUGACACCCUCCGGGCCUCAGGGCUCAGAGCUCCUAAAACAUGAACGGGAUCAAUCCAAUGUCUCCGUCGAAAAGCUUGCGGAACUGCUCCAUACCAAAGAAGUGUUGGAAAGACAAGACCGUAUUCUCUCCAUAAUUCAGAACGAGGAGGUCUUUGAUAAGUCUCAGAAUCACUCGCUAGGCCGUGUUGACCGGAUCCAAAGAUCCCUUGCAAAAGCUAAGCGCCUUGAACAGCUAAAGAGGCAGCAUAACUGGUCUGAAGAUGACUUCCUCAUGGCCAAUAGCUUGAUCAGCGAACCUACCCCGUAUGGUUUGCAUGCGUCUAUGUUCUUGGUAACUCUCAGAAACCAAGGAACUCCAGAGCAACACAGGCUCUUUUUGGAGCCAGCUGAGAGAUAUGAAAUCAUUGGAUGCUACGCUCAGACUGAGCUGGGCCACGGUUCCAAUGUUCGCGGCCUCGAAACCACCGCCACAUGGAAUCCAGACGACAAGACCUUCAUCAUACAUUCACCUGCCUUGACUGCUUCCAAGUGGUGGAUUGGAUCUCUUGGGAGAACCGCCAACCAUGCCGUCGUCAUGGCCCAGCUUUAUAUCAAUGGGAAGAACUAUGGACCACACCCGUUUGUCGUCCAAAUUCGAGAUUUCAAGACUCAUAAGCCUCUCGAGAACGUUCACGUUGGCGACAUUGGUCCCAAGUUCGGUUACAACACCAUGGACAAUGGAUUCCUGCUCUUCAACAAAGUAAAGAUUCCUCAUGUCAACAUGUUGGCCCGUUUCUCCCGUGUCGACCCCAACACUAACAAGUAUGUUCGACCCGCCUCUCCGUCUUUAAUCUACGGCACUCUCACCUGGGUUCGAUCUACCAUCGUCCUUCAAUCCGGUGGUGUUCUUGCCCGUGGUGUCACUAUUGCAACCAGAUACUGUGCUGUCCGAAGGCAGUUCCAGGACCGAGAUGCUCCUGCUGACGAACCCGGCGAGAACCAAGUUCUGAACUACAAGAUGGUUCAGAUCCGGCUAUUACCCUUGCUGGCUGCUACUUUUGCUCUGCACUUUACUGGUCGUGGUAUGAUGGCUCUUUAUAACCACAACCAGGCUAUAAUGAAGAAGUCGGCAAGCAAUCAGCCAAGCGGCAGGGGUGCUGGUCCCGAGGAACUGAAUCCUGGUGCAGACCUCUUGGCGGACCUCCAUGCUACGUCUUGCGGACUCAAGGCGUUGGGAAGUACUAUUGCGGCCGAAGGGUUGGAAGUAUGCCGCCGUGCAUGCGGUGGUCAUGGUUAUAGCAGCUACAGUGGAAUUGGAUCCUGGUAUUCUGACUACCUACCAACGACGACAUGGGAGGGUGACAACUAUAUGUUGACCCAGCAGGUUGCCAGAUACCUCCUCAAAUCUGCCCGAUCUGUCUUUAUCGGCAAGCCGGCCAACAACGACACUUGCACUAUCCUUCAAAGCUACCUCUCUCGCCGCGAUACUGGUGCUGCCUUCGAUAUCCUUGAAAACGACUCUGAUGUCGUGGCUGCAUUCGCCUGGAGAACAGCAUACUUGACCUUCGAGGCUCUUAAGCACCGUGAUGUCGAGAAACGAUCCUGGAACAACCUCCUUGUCGAUUUCUGGAGACUCUCUACCGCCCACUCCCAGUACCUCAUGGUCAAGAACUUCUAUGAAGCCGUUUUCCCGUCUGGUUCUUCCGCUGAGGCAGCUACUUCCCUUGGCAUCGACGAACCAACUCUUGAUGUCCUACGAAAGCUUUUCCGCCUCCACUCUCUACAUACCCUAGAGCGUGAGUCGGCUGACUUCUUCACUUCUGGAGCCGUCACUACCAGACAAAUCAUCCUUACACGAACCAAGGCUGUCAUGAAGCUGCUGGACGAUAUCCGUCCUCAUGCCAUCCGAUUGGUUGAUUCAUGGAUGUUCCCUGACUGGCAACUCGACAGCUCCUUGGGCAGAUAUGACGGUAAGGUCUAUGAAGAUCUGUUCCACCGUGCAAGUGAGCAGAAUCCUCUGAACGAGUUGACCUUCGACCCUUACCCAUGGAAUAAAGCCUUGGUGAAGAGUGAUAAGAGCAAGCUUUGA